AUGGAAUACGAAACAAAACAGGUACCAACGGCAGUUGUAGAAGUAGAUUCAAAUGAACACGUGUCAGAUAAAGCAAAAGAAGAAGAUUUAGACCCUUGGGCUGUCAAUACAAAAGAAACUGACGAUGGAAAAGAAUGGAAAGUUUCAGAUAUGUCAAGUAAAGACAGGUCAGUUGACCUCAUCACUGUCCUAAUCAAGAUUGCAUUUAUUUUUGGAUUUUUAUACCUUUUCAUUUGUUCACUCGAUUUUCUCAGUGAUGCUUUUCAGCUGGUUGGAGGGAAAACAGCAGGAAAGGUUUUCAGAGAGAACGAAAUUCUUACCAACCCAGUAGCUGGUUUGAUGAUGGGAGUUCUGGUUACUGUUUUGCUACAGAGUUCCUCCACUACAACGUCGAUAAUUAUCACUAUGGUAGGGUCUGAUAUUAUUCCAAUCAAGACCGCUAUACCAAUGGUAAUGGGAGCAAAUAUUGGAACAUCAGUUACAAACACCAUAGUUUCAUUGACACAGUCGAGUGAUCGAGAAAAGUUCCGGAAAGCAUUUGGUGGUGCAACAGUGCUAGAUAUGUUUAACUGGUUGUCUGUUAUAAUUCUUCUACCAACAGAAAUAGCGUUUCAUUAUUUAUAUCAUCUGACAAGCGCCAUUGUUGGAAGUUUACAUUCAACAGAAUCUGGCAAGAAAAACGACAUGCUACAAAUAAUAACAAGACCCUUUACAGAGCUCGUUGUUCAGAUCAAUCAAAGUAUAUUAAAUUCGAACAGUAUCAACUAUUGUUAA